AUGGGUAUUCAAGGAUUGUUACCACAAUUAAAGCCUAUUCAAAAUCCAGUUACACUCCGAAGAUAUGAAGGUCAAACUUUGGGGAUAGAUGGGUAUGCUUGGUUACAUAAAGCUGCGUAUUCAUGUGCAUAUGAAUUGGUGAUGGGGGAACCUACAGAAAGAUAUCUUAACUUUUUUAUUAAAAGAUUUGCAUUAUUAAAAGCAUUUAAUAUUCAACCAUAUUUAGUAUUUGAUGGUGAUGGUGUACCUGUGAAAAAAGGAACUGAAAUAAAGAGAAGAGAGAAGAGAAUAGAAAAUAAAGAAAUAGCGCAACGGUUAUGGAAAUCAGGUGAAAAGAAAAAUGCAAUGGAUUUUUUCCAAAAAUGUGUUGAUAUUACACCAUCAAUGGCAAAAUGUGUCAUAGACUAUUGUAAUACAAAUAACAUCAAAUAUGUUGUUGCCCCGUUCGAAGCUGAUCCACAGAUGGUAUAUCUAGAAAAUAAAGGACUUAUUCAUGGUAUUAUUUCUGAGGAUUCAGAUUUACUUGUUUUUGGCUGUCGAAGAUUAAUCACGAAAUUGAAUGAUUUUGGUGAAUGCAUUGAGAUUUGCCGAGAUGAUUUCAAUAAACUUCCUAAUAAAUUUCCCCUGGGUCAACUUAAUGAUGAAGAGAUGCGAACAAUGGUAUGCUUAUCUGGUUGUGAUUACACAGAUGGUAUUCCGAAGGUAGGUCUUGUGACUGCAAUGAAACUUGUGAGUAGAAUGAGGGACAUCAAACGAAUUGUCCUCCAUAUUCAGAGGGAAGGUAAAUUGAAGGUUCCACGCGAUUUUUUAAAAGAAUAUGAACGUGCAUCAUACGGGUUUUUAUAUCAACGAGUGUUUUGUCCCUUGACCAAACGAAUUGUCAGUUUCCAUGAUAUCCCAGAAUCCUUAUCUGCAUCUCAAACUCACAGGGAGACGAUCUCUACUUGUAUUGGCUCUGUAAUUAACAAAAAAACACAACAGAAAAUGGUUUUAUUUGAUGAGAAUGAGAUUGAUCAUCGUAUUCACCUAAAGCAGGCAAUGGGUGAAUUGGACCCCUACAAUUUCAUGAAGCCAUUGAUUAGUCGAGAAAGAGUUCUGCAAUUAACUUCAAAAUCAGAAAUGGUCAUUAGAAAUGACAAGUUGCCGUUAAAUGAUACUAGCAAUAUUAAAAGAAAAAGACCAACGGUUAAGUCAAUCGACUCUUUCUUUAAGACAAAUAAUAUAGCUUCAAUAACUAAAAAUUUUAAAACUGAAUCACAUAGUGUGAGUAGCUAUAAUCUUGGAAUGGCAUUAAUUCCGAAAUAUGUUGAUAAACAGGUUGAAACAGUAAAAAAGAGAAAACUUAUUAAGCCGGAUGAUGAAAACAUUCAAAUCACAGAUUCCAUUCAAUCAACAAGUAAGUUUUUCAGUAAAAGGAAUAACAGUAAGCAGAAAUUGAUGCAGAGUACACAAUCAGACUCUGAACCGGUACCAACAAUCAACUCUGAAUUAAAUUCGAGUCGUGCAAGUACCAUAGUAGAUGAACAGCCCCAAUUUGAUACUCCGAAUGAUGGAUAUACUAGUGAUAUCGCUGAAUCAGAAAUCUCUACGGAUAUUCCAAGUUCAUUCCCCCUCAAUAAUAGAAUUAAUGAAAUCGAAUCACAUGUUGUGACAAAGAAUUAUACCUCACCAAUAGAUGUUUCUGAGGAUAAAAACAUUAAAAAUAAUUCUUUUACAGAUUUUGUGAACUCUAGAGAGAAUUCUAUUAAAACAAGGGGUAUAUUUAGAAGUGUUACAAGGAGUUCGAGUGAAUUACAUUCUUCAGAGAGAGAUACAGAAGAACUCUAUAAUAAUGAUAUAUCUGAUAAAGAAAACUCUCAACCAAAAAGGCUAAUUGGAGCAUUAUCAGUGAAAAUAUCUAGUAAAUCUGGAGUAUAUCAGACAAGACAACAAAAACAAGUAUCGUCAACAGAUGAAAAAAAUCAUGUUUCUAAUGUUAAUUGCACCUCAAGCAGUUUCUUAGCUCUACAAUCGUUCAAAUAUUCUGCUGUUAAGGAACAAUCGAUGAAAAGGAAUCCAUUAAAAUCGUAUGAUAUUAAUCAAAAACCUAUUCCAACAAGAACUUUAAAAGCAAAUACAUCUAUUAACGAACAAAGUAGAAAAAUAUCAGUAUCUCUAAAUCAGAAAGGUUUUGAUGAAAGUGAUGAAAUUCGUAGAGAUUAUGAAAGUCUUAAAAGAAGAAAUAAGGAUUCUGAAAGAAAUGUUCAAAAUAUUGAUAUUGAGCAUACUGGUUCUGAUAAUAUCGGAACAAUAGAACGUAAACAAAAUAGUAUUCAUGUUAAAAUCAAUCGUAGAAGUGCCACUAUAGAAUCAGGCUUGGAUGCUUCUGCACCCUUAAAAAGAUCCGUCUCAUUACUUUCUCAAUUUAGAUACAAAGGGAAAUAA